UUCGCCGCAUAUGCAUCACAUGCAAUUUGCCAUUUCUAUUUUUAGUCAACGCAAUUGCAUUUAAUUUAAUUUAUCCACGCUUUCGUAUAUAAGCUUGAGUUUGUUAUCAAUUGUGGACAAAGCAUUACGGAUGGCAUUGUGUGAAGGUUGACAGAAAACAGAAAUAAACUUGAAGAUUACAAAGUUUACUUUGAUUUUAAAAACAAGUAAAUAAGUAAAUAAAAAUAUAAUCCACCGAUCAUAAUGAAAAUUGUGAUAUUUGUGUGUUUACUUCCUCUGAGUUUGGGAGCAAGGUGGCAUAUAAGUAAUUGUCCUUCGGAGUGUCCCGAUACUGAGGAUAUAGUCUGGGCCAUGGGUCAAUACUGCAACGUAUUUCGCAACAAAUGCUUCUUUGAUGGCGUCAAUUGCUUUCGAUGGUCCAUAUUUAUGCGACCCAUGAGAAUAGUCGACAAAGUAGAGUGUCAAAAGCAUUGCGACUCAGAUUGCUCGAAGAAAGGUCCACCAGUAGUUGAAUACUACAAAACCGAAGUGAAACAUUUCAGAAAUAUAUGCGAAAGUAUUUUGCACACCUGUCGAACUGGACAAAUAUUCGAGUAACAUGGAAAUGGAUUUUCUUUAAAUAUACUUUGAGUAUGUUAGUUGUAUUCAUUUUUUUUGUUUCUCAAUAUUUUAUUUACCAUAAUAUGUGUACACU